AUGUUAUCGUCGAAUCGUGGUAGUGGUGACAGCCAAGAAGAUUCUGGGCAAUGGAAUUACAAAAACUUGGGUACCUCACCACAUUUAAGUGAUGAGGAUGAGUAUGAAAUGUAUGCUAGUUACCCUCCUCAAGCAAAUAUGGUGGGUUCUUGUCAUGGCAUCAUUUGUAUACAUGAUCCUCAUCUUAGGGAUGUUAUCCUCUGGAACCCUGCAACUAAGAAGUAUAGAUGUCUCCCUAAAUCAUUACCCCUCCUAGAUGAAUUUGGCGUACUAAAGUCUGAGUUUGUUUUGUUUGGUUUCGACUGUGAAACAUAUGAUUACAAGGUCUUACAAAUCACUUUCUUCGAAAUCGACAAUGAAAUUGACGUCACACCACCAAAUAGGACUCAGAUAUAUAGCUUAAGGUCGGAUUCUUGGAAGUGGUGUAUGGAUGCCAGUUUGUCUGGUCACUCUUAUAAAGCCAAUACUCAAAAUCAAGGUCGAUAUCAUAAUGGUAGUUAUUAUUUCGUAGGAAAUAAUUUUAUCAGAGAUGUCAUAGGAGGUGAUCCGGGAAAGAUUGUUUACUUAACUCUUCCUUUCAACAGUACCAGUGAUGUAUGUGAAAUGGAUGCUUUGAAUGAUUAUGAUUACAGUAGUAGUGCUACAAAUGCGGAUAGUAACGAGUACUCAUGGAGCAAACUACAUACCUUCACCAUUGAUCAUCCUUACAGUGGCUAUGGUACUAAGGCCCUUACGAAAAAUGGAGUGUUUGGUUUUCUAUGUGAUAUUGGAGGUGGUCUGGUGUUUAUCAACUUUCUUACAGAGGAAAUAAAGGAUAUUGAAAUUAUUGAUACCCCUUUGGAAGGUCUGGGUGAUGUGUUUAGAGCCGAUGUUUACAAGGAGAGCUUAGUCUCAAUCGAUAGUGCAGUGCCCAGCAGCAGUUACUAG